AUGACGGAACAAAGUUCUCAAUCGAAAGGAACGGCCAGUACGAAUCUUGCGCCCGCGCCUACCUCCACACCAGCUCCGGCUGCCUCGACUAAGAAAGACUACAAGGGAUUUGUGGGUGGAAUAUUCUCUGGUAUUGCCAAGUUGAGUGUUGGCCAUCCCUUCGAUACGAUCAAAGUCCGUCUUCAGACCAGCCAAGAUGGCCACUUCCGGGGACCUUUGGACUGUACCAUGCAGACAAUACGGAAAGAAGGCGCGCGAGGCCUGUACAAGGGUGCAAGUCCACCACUAGUUGGCUGGAUGGUGAUGGACUCUGUUAUGCUGGGAUCCCUCACAUUAUACCGACGACUUCUCCAAGAAAACAUCUUUUCCAACCCCGGUCUCCGCCCAUACAUCCCUUUUACACGCAGCCAACCUGACUUGAAAACUCUCCCAACCUUUGGCCAUGGUAUUGCUGGUGUCUUCUCAGGAAUGACUGUCAGUCUUGUUGCUGCUCCAGUUGAGCACAUCAAAGCCCGGCUGCAGGUGCAAUAUUCUGCCGACAAGAGCAAGCGCAUGUACAGUGGUCCUAUUGACUGCAUUCGCAAAAUUCUUCGCACACAUGGUAUCAGAGGGUUGUACCGCGGCCUCUGUGCCACCAUGCUCUUCCGCUCAUUUUUCUUCUGUUGGUGGGGUUCCUACGACCUGAUUACUCGUUACAUGCAGAAGAACACAAGCCUCUCGGCACCAGCUAUCAAUUUCUGGGCUGGUGGUAUCUCCGCUCAGGUCUUCUGGGUCGCCGCUUACCCAUCAGACGUGGUGAAACAACGGCUGAUGACAGAUCCAAUGGGCGGAUCUCUCAACGACGGACAGAGGAAAUUCCGAAGCUGGAAAGAUGCCGCAGUGGCUGUCGGGCGGGAACGUGGGUUCAGAGGCUACUGGAGGGGCUUUGUGCCAUGCUUCAUCAGGGCGUUCCCGGCGAAUGCGAUGGCCUUGGUUGCAUUCGAGGGAGUGAUGCGCACUUUACCAUGA